CCAAUUUCAGAAGGAACUCCGGAAACUUUCACAUCAUGCGGGCUUCAUCUUAUACCCAGAAGAGUUUGCAGGUCAGCAGCUCUGCUGGCAGAGUAAGAGUUCAGAGCCCGUCUCCAUCCCGGUGCCGCGGAUCAUCGUACGACAGCCGUGGGCGCUCUGGUUACCAUGGCACUGCGGUAGAGGUCGGGACAGAGAUACACCAGCACCAUGCCAACGAGAAGGAGGAGAUGCAGGAGCUCAAUGUCAAGUUUGCAGGAUACAUCUCAAAGGUUCAGGCCCUGGAGCAGAGAAACGGCGCUCUGCAGGCGGAGCUGGCCACUCUGCAGGACCGCUACAAGGGAAGUCCGAGUGGCAUCAGCGAAGAAUACGAGCUCAAGUUCAAAGAGGUGCGAGAUCUGAUUGAAGCCCUUACCAAUGAGAAGGGAGCAGCUGACAUUGAGCGAGGCUACAUUGAGGAGGAGGUGGAAGUAUGGCGACUAAAGCUGGAGGAGGAGCUGGCGCUCAAAGAAGAAGCAGAGAUGAUUCUGAGAGAGUUUCGUCAGGACGUUGACAGCGCCACGCUGCAAAAGGCCGACCUGGAGAAGCGCAUAGAAGAACUAGUGGCAGAGAUCGAGUUUCUCAAGAAGCUCCACGACGAAGAGGUGGCCGACCUCAUGAAGCAGAUCGAGGACUCAAAGAUUACAGCCGAGAUGGACGGAGACCGUCCUGACCUCGCUGCUUACCUGCGCAACAUGCGCGCAGAAAUAGAAUCUGUUGCAGCCCGAAAUGUCCAAGAAGCCGAGAAGUGGUACAAGAGCAAAUUCGACACCCUGAAGGAGCACGCAGGCAAACACGAAGAGCAAAUGAAAGACAUGAAAGAAGAGAUCACAACCUACCACAACCAGGUAUCAGACCUGCAGAACCAGAUCGACAGCCUGCGAGCUCGCAAUGCCGCCUUGGAGCAGCAGCUGGAGGAGAUGGAGGUCUCCCACAUGGACAAGGUGGAAGGCCUGGAGAGCAUCAUCGCCCAGCUGGAAGCGCAGCUCUGUGAGACCAAGCUGGAGAUGACCAAGUACCUUCAAGACUACCAGGAACUGCUGCACAUCAAGCUCAAGCUGGAUGCAGAGAUCGCCACCUACAGGAAGCUACUGGAAGGAGAAGAGCAAAGGCUGGGAAUUGCUAAGGAUGCCUAAUCCAUAUGGGGAGCUGUGAAGAGUUGGUGCACAACAUGAGCAGAGAUCUCCUUGUUUUAGAGACUUCAAAGGUCUUACGCAAAGGACCUGAUAUUGUUUAACAUUUUAAUAGCAGUGGUAGAUGGCUUUCAUUAUCUAACUUAACACAUAAAAGUCUGAUUUACGGUUCCUGGUGGAAAUUCAGUAACUGAAAAAUAAUACAAAUACAAAUGUAGCAGUGAUGUGCAUCUAUGCAUAGUUUUGGAUGUAUUCUGUGUUAAGACACAGCCCUUCUUCUCCUGUAUAAUUCACGUUUGACUCCAUCAUGCAUUAGUUCGCAGCCAUCGUUGCUGUCCUCCGUCUUUCCUGAACGUUUUCACAUUAUUUUCAAAACUCAUUUUUACUGUCUCUCCUUGUCUCAUUUCAUAUCUGGGUUUGGCAGACUUCAUCUCUCCCUGCUCGUUCCCCCUCUCCUUUACUCCAGCUCCUGCUAAAUUUACCUCCCCCUUUUUUCCUGCCAACUCAGCCCCGCUUGUCGUACCUCUGUCACUUCCCUAUGCUACUGUCUCUCGCUCCGUGUCAUCAGUCUGCUGCCUCCUGUCCAACUUUCCUUCACAGUAAAACUCUCGACUCGAAGCGAAUGAAGAAGGCCACCCUUAUUAAUUCUGAAUGUUUUGACAAGAAACAACUGUUAACCAU